AUGCACUCUAUCACUGCGGUUGAAGUUCUCAAGCUCCGCCAGCUCCUGGCGGGGACAAAUGCCGAGGUCCUGACCGAGGGCAUGCCCGGCUACGCAGAGGGCAUCCGGAGAUGGAGUGACACAUGCGAGAAGAAAGCCGGCGCCGUGGUUCUCCCCACGACGGCGGAGGAAGUCUCCAUUGCGGUGGUGUUUGCGGGCAACCACAAGAUCCCCAUGGUGGUCCACAACGGCGGCCACUCCACCAGCGGCGCGUCUGCGACGGAAGGGGGCAUUGUGAUUAGCUUGACCAAGAUGCGUGGCGUGGUGGUGGACCCGGAGCGCAAGACCAUCACGGCCCAGGGAGGCACCGUCUGGGAAGAUAUCGAUCGCGCCGCGGCUCCGUACAAGCUGGCCACCGUCGGCGGCACCGUCAACCAUACGGGCGUCGGAGGGUUGACUCUGGGGGGUGGCUAUGGCUGGCUGACCGGCCGCUAUGGUCUCACGAUCGACAACCUGCUGGGUGCCACCAUCGUCCUGGCCGAUGGCCGCAUCGUGAAGACCUCGGAGACCGAGAAUGCGGAUCUGUUCUGGGCCAUUCGCGGCGCGGGCCAGAACUUUGGUGUCACCACCGAGUUCAUCUUCCAGGCCUACGACCAGACGAACGAGGUGUAUGCGGGCCUGGUGAGCUGGCCGGCCCACUGCCUCCCCCAGAUCAUCGAGUUUGUCAACCACUUCGAGGACGACACCAACACCGGCGACAUGGGCAUUUUCUUCGGCUUCUGUGGCGCCAUGCCCGCGGGACGGGUCAGUAUCGUGGCUGCCAUCUUCUACAACGGACCCCAGGAUGAGGCCGAGAAGUACUUUGCCCCCAUCCUGGCGCUGAACCCGACCAUCAACACCGCCACGAUGAUGCCGUAUGAGAAAUUGAACAGCAUCCAAAACCCCAUCGCCACGUACGGUGGUCGCAAGUCGUUCAGUGGCGCCUUCGUCAAGCUGCCCCUGCAGGUGGAUUUCUUCCAGGAAAUCCUGGAGGACUACGCCACGAUGAUCCAGACCUACGACGGCACCAGUGCCACGGCGGUCCUCUUCGAGCUGGUCUCGCACAAGAAGGCCAUCCUGGUGCCCAAGGACCGCAUGGCCUACACGACCCGCGGCGCCUGGUACAACGUCGGCUGUGCCUUCCGCUGGGAAGAUCCCAGUCUGGACAAGACGAUGCGCGAGAUGCAACGGGCUCUGAUGCGCAAGGUGGGCGAUCGUGCUGGGGCCGGGGCUCAUGCGCGGGCGUAUGCCAACUACUCGCACAGCGAUGGACGCGCCAAGGAUGUCUAUGGGGCGAAUCUGCCGCGACUGCAGACGUUGAAGAAGAAGUACGACCCGGAGAAUGUGUUCAAGAAGUGGCUGAACCUGCUCCCGGAGGAGGAU